GGAGAAAGCUUUCUAUUCUUGGACUCAGAGAUCAAUCUUUGCCCAUUUCUCUUUUCCUAUCCUUAAAACUCAGCAAAAACGGUAAUGGAUCCAGAAAACCCAAAUUGGACGGCAGACGAUGAAACCCAGAUCGUUUCUCGCCGCAUCCAACGCCUUUCCUUCCACCUCAUCCCAAUUCCUCGCCCUCUUUACGAGUCCCACCAACUGGGGAUGGUAGCGUGCGCCAGGGCCAAGUUGGAGGUGGAUACAGAGAAACUGUCCUUUUACAUGAGAGGCAAGCACAGGGAGAUACAGGAGAAGGUGUAUACGUACUUCAACUCGAUGCCGGAGUUGCAGACCCCAGUGGAGAUUUCCAAAGAUGAGCACAGGGAGCUUUGCUGGCGGCAGUUAUUUGGUUUGAUCAGAGAGGCUGGGAUUAGGCCUUUUAGGUAUGUGGUGGAGGAUCCUGCUAAGUAUUUUGCCAUUGCCGAGGCUGUUGGGGCCGUGGAUAUGUCGCUUGGGAUCAAGCUAGGAGUCCAGUAUAGUCUUUGGGGAGGCUCUGUACUUAACUUAGGAACUAAAAAGCAUAGGGAUAAGUACUUUGAUGGUAUUGACAAUUUGGACUACCCAGGUUGUUUUGCUAUGACAGAGCUAUAUCAUGGGUCAAAUGUUCAAGGACUCCAAACUGUUGCAACAUUUGAUCCAAUUACAGAUGAAUUUGUUAUCAACACUCCUCAUGAUGGAGCCAUCAAGUGGUGGAUUGGCAAUGCUGCAGUUCAUGGCAAGUUUGCCACUGUUUUUGCCAAGCUUAUGUUGCCUACUGAUGAUUCUAAGGGCGUCUCUGAUAUGGGUGUCCAUGCUUUCAUUGUUCCAAUAAGGGAUUUGAAGACCCACCAGACGCUUCCAGGAAUUGAAAUACAUGAUUGUGGCCACAAGGUUGGCCUGAAUGGGGUAGAUAAUGGAGCAUUGAGGUUCAGUUCAGUAAGAAUUCCCCGAGACAAUCUUCUUAAUCGAUUUGGAGAUGUGUCUCGAGAUGGGAAGUACACCAGUAGCCUUCCAACCAUAAAUAAGCGAUUUGCUGCUACGCUAGGCGAACUUGUUGGUGGAAGGGUUGGCCUUGCAUAUUCUUCAGUUGGUGUCCUCAAACUUGCUGGAACAAUUGCCAUCAGAUAUUCAUUGCUGCGCCAGCAGUUUGGCCCUCCCAAGCAGCCUGAAGUUAGCAUUCUUGAUUAUCAGUCUCAACAGCACAAGCUCAUGCCAAUGCUAGCUUCAACUUAUGCAUUCCAUUUUGCUACAUUGCAUUUGGUAGAAAAAUAUUCGGAGAUGAAAAAGACUCAUGAUGAACAAUUAGUUGGAGAUGUCCAUUCGCUUUCAGCUGGCCUUAAGGCAUAUGUGACAUCAUAUACAGCAAAGUCAUUGAGUGUCUGCAGGGAAGCCUGUGGAGGACAUGGCUAUGCUGCUGUCAACCGGUUUGGUUCAUUAAGGAAUGAUCAUGAUAUUUUUCAGACAUUCGAGGGGGACAACACAGUGCUUCUACAACAGGUAGCAGGUGAUCUCUUAAAGCAAUACAAGGAAAAGUUCCAAGGUGGGACACUGGCAGUUACAUGGAACUACUUGAAAGAAUCCAUGAACGCAUAUCUGUCUCAACCAAAUCCUGUAACUGCACGCUGGGAAGGUGUUGAGCACUUGAGAGAUCCUAAAUUCCAGUUGGAUGCCUUCAGAUACCGAACAUCUCGAUUACUUCAAAGUGUUGCUGUCCGACUUCACAAGCACUCCAAAACUCUUGGGGGUUUUGGUGCUUGGAAUCGGUGCUUGAAUCACCUUCUUACACUUGCAGAAUCUCAUAUUGAAUCGGUGAUCCUGGCGAAAUUUAUUGAAGCAGUGCAGAAUUGCCCAGAUGUAAGUUCUCGAGCUGCUUUGAAACUUGCUUGUGAUCUUUAUGCCUUGGAUCGAAUUUGGAAUGACAUAGGAACAUACCGCAAUGUUGAUUAUGUGGCACCAAACAAAGCUAAGGCAAUUCACAAGCUCACAGAAUAUCUUAGUUUCGAAGUGAGAAACAUUGCAAGGGAACUUGUUGAUGCAUUCAAUCUUCCUGAUCGUGUUACACGGGCUCCAAUUGCCAUGCAGUCUGAAGCUUAUGCUCAGUACACUCAGCAUGUUGGAUUUUAAUUUGUAGAAAAGCAAUGACAGCAAAAGAUGAGUUUAUUCAAGAUGGCCAGUUGGGGAAGGCAGGGAUAGUUUGCAUAUUCCGUAGUUUUGUAUUGUUAUUCCUAAUAAACUCAAUGGGGAUCAAGGGAAGAAUAAUGUAGUGAAAACUUAUACGUCUUUCUCUUCCAGAAGGUAGCUUGUACACUUAUAUGUAUAUCUUUAAUCGUGUAAUCAAUUACAUGUAAUACGAGUCACUUUUAAAA